GGGCGGGGCCGAAAAGCAACGCAGAGCCCCACGCUGUCUCCCGCUGGGCGCCCUUGAAAAGCUCGUGGGUCAUGGCUGGCGUGUCGCGGGGCUGCGGGACCAGCCUGGACCUUCUGCGGUCCUUGCCGCGAGUGACCCUGGCCAACCUGAAGCCCAAUCCUGGCUCCAGAAAGCGGGAAAGACGUCCAAGAGAUCAGAGAAGAGGGAGGAAAUGUGGCAGAGGCCAUAAAGGAGAGAGGCAGAGAGGAACUCGGCCCCGGCUGGGCUUCGAGGGAGGGCAGACUCCAUUCUACAUCCGAAUCCCAAAAUACGGAUUUAAUGAAGGACAUAGUUUCAGGCACCAGUAUCAGCCUUUGAGUCUCAGGAGACUGCAGUAUCUCAUUGAUUUGGGGCGAAUUGAUCCAACUCAACCCAUUGACUUAACCCAGCUUGUCAAUGGGAGAGGUGUGACCAUCCAGCCGCUUAAAAGGGACUACGGGGUCCAGCUGGUUGAAGAGGGUGCUGAUACUUUUCAGGCAAAAGUUAAUAUUGAGGUACAGUUGGCUUCAGAAUUAGCCAUUGCUGCAAUUGAAAAAAAUGGCGGUGUUGUUACUACAGCCUUCUAUGACCCAAGAAGUCUAGACAUUCUGUGCAAGCCUGUUCCAUUCUUUCUCCGGGGACAACCCAUUCCAAAACGAAUGCUCCCACCUGAAGCGCUGGUGCCCUACUACACCGAUGCAAAAAACCGGGGUUACCUGGCUGACCCUGCUGCGUUUCCCAAAGCAAGACUUGAACUCGCCAUGAAGUAUGGAUAUGUUCUUCCUGACAUCACGAAAGAUGAACUCUUCAAAAUGCUCAGCACCCGGAAGGAUCCGAGGCAGAUCUUCUUUGGUCUUGCUCCUGGCUGGGUGGUGAAUAUAAUAGAUAAGAAAGUUCUGAAACCCACAGAUGAGAAUCUGCUCAGGUAUUACAGCUCCUGAACUCCUUCCUGGAAAGCCAACUUGUUGAGAGCCUGCAACAUGGCUUCCCGCGGGUCUCAAAUCCUCGGGGUUGGUGCCAGCUCCUGUUCCAUCUGAAGUUAAAUCUCAGGCAGCAGAAGUUGCACGGAGGAACUGAACCAUUGAGGGUAUAUGUCUGAAAAUUUCAAAUGGUAGAAGUCCUUAGAAAGGUGAUUAAAAACAAUAAA